GACAAGGCUUUAUAAGGCCGAGCCAUGGCUAAUUAAGUGCACAGUCAGUCUGUAUUAAGCCAUCGACCAUGAAGAUGUCUCUUGUUCUGCUUUCGCUGAUACCUCGAUUGCUGGGGGUCACAUCCCAGCUCUCGGUGAAACUGGAAGAUGUGAUCACCACAACUGCAAGAACAACGGCAGCGACCACGACAACGAAAACAAUGAUGAGAACGGCGCCCAAACUGAGUCCUUAUUGCCAGCCUAAGUUGUGCCCCAAAGGACAAACCCACGUGGCUUGCGAAAGCUAUUACAAAAGUCUAUACCGCUCCUGCGCCGCCAAGGAGACGGUUUUGGUGAACAUGACUACACACGCGGAGACUAUUCUGAAGCAGCACAACGAGCGGCGGUAUUUGCUGGCCAGCGGUAAGGACUCCUCACUGCCACGUGCCGCUCGAAUGGUGGCCAUGCAGUGGGACGAGGACCUGGCCGCCGUGGCAGGAUUCAAUGCCAGGAUGUGUCAGCCCAAGCACGACGACUGCCGCAACACGGUUAAGUUUCCGCGAUCCGGUCAGAAUAUUAUUGUUUUCAAUAUGACGCGUCGAGUGGAUAAAGAACUGAUGGAGAAACUCUACCCGAAGCUGCUGUCCAUUGCGGUGAAGACGUGGUGGACGGAGUCGCAAAAGAUGUCCGCCGGGAACAUGGAACUCUAUCCGUGUGAUGAGAAAAAGCAGGAAGCGUACCGCCACUUUGCGGUCAUGGCCAUCGAGGGCAACUCGCACGUGGGCUGCGCCGGCCUGCGAUACGUGUUGGGCAACCUGACCCAGUUCAAGCUCACCUGCAACUACGCCCGGGCUCCGGUCUGCGGACAGCCGAUCUACCGCUUCCAGCACGUAGGAUGCCAGACGGGCCGCAACAAGAAGCACUCGUCCCUGUGCUCGCCCAUGGAACUCUUCCGCUGAGUUUUCCGCGAAAGCCACUCACUGCGAAAAGCCACAUUAACGCAUCUUGUUUAUUCAUGUUUGUCCGAAAUCUGGCCCACUUGGCCAUGAAUACCAGCCAACGAGUGGCCAAAACGAAUGGGCAUGUCCCACAGCUGCACAUGCAAAAUUCAAACAACUCCAUCGGAAUGGAAUUUCUGCCAAUUUCCUGUGACGAACCCGGCCCGAGGUCCUUGGUGUUCCUGGCAGGAAGUAUCGAUGGCGGUGCAAUUACCUGCAUAACAGCCGGCAAAAAUACCCACACUGUAAAAUAAUGAUUUGAAACUAUGGAGCUCAAACUGGCGAAUUUUACUGAAUUUUCCCACUUAUAACAUAAUUUUAAAAUUGGUAGAAGUGCUUCCUAACUUAUAUUUAAUAUAGGGACAAACUUACAUUUCUUCGGGUUACACAUUUUGUUGUUAAAGCAACAUUAAAGACUCCUUUUUAACUUUGAGUUUUAUUUUUAUA